CAGGUAUUGUCUUGCAUUUCUAUCUACACUCUGACGCGGUCUGAUCAUAUAGCGCCUGCUUGCAAUCCCUCACAGGGAGGAUCUACACCAAUUUCAACACCAAGCCACUCGUUGCGGUUUAAAACACGUUGCCACAAGCUCAUGUAUCAGUGGCCAUGUCAAUUCUCAUGUUUUCCCAAGCACUAGCCGGUGCAUUGUUUCUUGCAUUCGCCGAUGUGAUCUUCUCCGCCGGUCCCAAGUCAUUAAUUUUAAAGGACGCACCGAAUGUCGAUUCACAAGCCAUCAUUGCUGCCGGUGCUACGGGGCUACGGGAUGUGGUCCAGACUCAAGAUUGGCCUGGGUGCUCAGAGCUUACGCGAAAAGUGUCGACCAAGUGUUCUACAUGGCCGCUGCGCUUGGAGCAGUUUGAUUGAUAUCCUCAUUUGGAAUGGGUUGGAAGGAUAUUCGGAAGAAGGAAUCUGCC